CAAAUCAUCCCAAUGAUUUUCUUUCAGUGUGGCACAUUUGCACAUUUCCAACGAACCUCUUAAAAAGAGACAGACUUGAUCUCUUGUCCAUGAUUUCCUCUGCAUGUCCAUUUCAAAAUCCAUUCCACCACUUAUCACCCCUAACAUGUAUCUCCUCUUGCUGCCCCCAAUUUCAAAACCAUCAAUUUGGUCUCUUUAUCUCAUUUUCCUCUACUGGGUUUGCUUCAGUUUCCACUAACUCAUCUCAGUUUCUCGAAAAUCUUAGUGAGUUCUCUUAGGUAGAAAAUCGAACAUCUUAAUGGCGUCUAUGGGGUCUCUUCCUUUUGUAAUCGACACUGCAAUGGAGAGUUCCGUUCUUCACUGUGCAAAUUAUAGUCGACCAAACUUUCCUUUAUUCGCGUAUAGGCCGAUAAAGUUUCUUGAUUCUGGCGUUUUGACUGAUUCGGCAUUUGGGUGUUUCAAAGUUGUGGGUGAGGAUAUUGGUAGGUCGUCUUCAAUUUCAUGGAGAACUAAACGUCUGAGAGCAAAAGGAAAGGGCUCUGGAGAAGUUGAAGAUGGUGAUAAAUCGGAGGAUACAUUUCAGGCCACAAUAGAGAAGAGCAAGAAGGUUCUAGCCAUUCAAAAUGACCUACUUCAGCAAAUUGCAGAAAGAAGGAAACUAGUUUCAACUAUUAAGAAUAGUAUAGUAGACCCACAAGGCGAAUUUUCCAACGAAGAGGAGGACAUCACUUUUUCAAGUCUGAAUAUUGCUUCAACCCAUGAUAAUGCCACUGAUGAAGAUGAUAGUAAUGAAAAUCUAUCUACCACAAAGGAGCCUGAGGACCUACCUCCUAAAAAGGCUUAUUUAAGUGCAAAUUCCCCAAACAUAUUGGAAAAAAUUCCUUCUGAUGAAGGUGCAAAGGAAACUGAGGACUUACCCAUUCAAAAGAGUUCCUUAGAUGUAAAUUCCAGCAAACAGUUAACAGACACUGCUUCAGAGGCAGUUAGGGCUGCUGAGCUGCCAUCCUUUCUUCCGAGUUUCUCUGCAACAUCCAUUAUAAAAGAUGAACAAAAAGAAGAUUUUAAAGAAUCGAGUUUACAAGAGGUGACUGGUGAGGCAAAUGAUCCUGCGGAUGACGAUGUGAAAUCCCCUCCUUUGGCCGGGCCCAAUGUUAUGAAUGUUAUAUUGGUUGCUGCAGAAUGUGCUCCUUGGUCUAAAACAGGUGGACUUGGAGAUGUUGCUGGGGCUUUACCAAAGGCUUUGGCUCGGCGUGGUCAUAGGGUUAUGGUUGUGGCACCACGUUAUGGUAAUUAUGCUGAACCUCAAGAUACUGGAGUUAGGAAAAGGUAUAGGGUUGCUGGGCAGGAUAUGGAGGUGGUUUACUACCAAGCCUAUAUUGAUGGUGUAGAUUUUGUUUUCGUGGAAAGUCCUGAGUUUCGGCAUAGAGAAAAUAAUAUGUAUGGAGGAAAUCGUGUGGAUGUUUUGAAGCGAAUGGUUUUAUUGUGCAAAGCGGCUGUUGAGGUCCCUUGGCAUGUCCCAUGUGGUGGAGCCUGCUAUGGAGAUGGAAAUUUGGUUUUCAUUGCAAAUGAUUGGCAUACUGCAUUGUUGCCGGUAUAUCUAAAGGCGUAUUAUCGGGAUAAUGGAUUGAUGAAAUACACGAGGUCCGUCCUUGUAAUUCACAACAUAGCUCACCAGGGUCGUGGUCCAUUGGAUGAUUUUUCCUACAUCGAUCUUCCUCCACAAUACUUGGACUUUUUUAGAAUGUAUGACCCAGUAGGGGGUGAGCAUCUCAAUAUAUUUGCAGCAGGUCUGAAGUCUGCAGAUCGUGUCGUUACAGUGAGUCAUGGAUAUGCCUGGGAGCUGAAAACUUCUGAAGGUGGUUGGGGUCUGCAUGAGAUAAUCAAUGAGAAUGACUGGAAACUGAAGGGGAUAGUGAAUGGAAUUGAUACAAAAGAUUGGAGCCCAGAGUUGGAUGUAUACCUGAAAUCUGAUGGUUACACUAACUACUCCCUGGAGACCCUUCAGACUGGCAAGCAACAGUGCAAGGAAGCAUUACAGAAGGAGCUUGGUUUGCCCAUUCGUGGUGACAUCCCAUUGAUUGGAUUCAUAGGGAGAUUGGAUCCCCAGAAAGGUGUUGAUCUGAUAGCUGAGGCGGUUCCUUGGAUGAUGGGUCAGGAUGUGCAACUGGUCAUGUUGGGCACAGGAAGGCCUGACCUUGAGGAUAUGCUCAGGCAUUUUGAAAGUCAACACCACGACAAAAUUAGAGGAUGGGUUGGUUUUUCGGUAAAGACAGCUCACCGGAUAACUGCUGGUGCGGACAUAUUGCUGAUGCCAUCAAGAUUUGAGCCUUGUGGACUGAACCAGCUAUAUGCCAUGCGCUAUGGAACUAUUCCCGUUGUACAUGGUGUGGGAGGGCUGAGAGAAACUGUGCAACCUUUUGAUCCUUUUAAUGAGACGGGACUUGGGUGGACAUUUGAUAGGGCCGAGGCAAACCUGCUGAUCAAUGCAUUGGGGAACUGCUUAUUGACUUACCGGCAGUACAAGGAGAGCUGGGGAGGGAUCCAGAGACGGGGGAUGAUGCAAGACCUCAGUUGGGACAAUGCUGCUCAGAAAUAUGAAGAAGUCCUUGUUGCUGCCAAGUACCAGUGGUGAAUUCUGUGCUAAACAUGUAUAAUUUAUUUUCUGGAAAGUUGUAUCUGCUUAUGUUUGAUAUUUUUGAGGUUUAUCCAUGCUGAAGUUAUUCUAAUGAGUAGAGGUUCUUUCAAGAAUGGCAAUUGCAUUAGUUUGCUGGGUAAAUAUUCUCACUGCUUUUGCAUUCCCUUCCUUCUCAGGGUAGGCAGUG